AUCUCGAGGCCUUCGCCCAUACUUCGCGACUUCGCUAUCCAGUGGACGGAGGUCCAGUUCAAUGGCUCUUUGCUUAAAGAGAAUGUCUAUCGGGCAGAUGCUGGACCGGAAGUCGAUGCCGCGUGGAAAGAGUUAGGGGUAGAUUAUCACGCAAUUAUCAUCCCUUCCUACAUCGCCGAGUCAAUUGGUAUGGACUCAGAUCAAGUGCAACUCAAAGAAAAAUACGGAGGAGGUUAUCCCGCUAAUAUCGAGGGACUGCAUCACCUGCACUGUCUCAACCUGCUCCGCCAGACUCUCCAUUGGAACUAUCCUUACUACCAAUCCCUCGGCCAAGGCGCCUUCAAAAACGAACCCUUCAUCGUCAAAAAACACUCCACCCACUGCCUCGACAUCUUACGCCAGCAACUCAUGUGCACAGUCGAUAUCGGCGUCAUGGGACAAAUCUGGUGGCAACCGCACGGAAAUCAUUCUCCUGAACCUUUCGUAGAUUUCAAUACCAAACACAUCUGCAGGAAUUUUGAGGAUGUUAGGAGAUGGGCUGAAGAAAGACAGAUGCCU